AUGACACCGCCCGGAACAUCUCGGUAUGAGCCACCAGAGAUGGACAAAGACCGAGACAAGAUGUUUCCCGCCCACGAAACUCGUUCAAGAGCGUAUGAUAUUUGGUCCAUAGGCUGUAUUGUAUUGGAGUUUCUCAUUUGGCUUGCCUACGGCUUUGACGCUGUGAAGAAGUUCCAGGACGAAACCGCAUACUUUUGGGAGCGAGAGCGAUCCGAAGGCAACGAGAAGAAAUAUCGUGUUCAGACCGACACCCUACGUUAUAUCAAGAGUCUUUCGACAACAUUUCAGACGCCAUCAGCGUGGAGAGAACUCUUGAAACUUGUAGAAACCAGACUACUCGUCAUCAACGUGUCGAUGAACUGGAAAGUUAGCUCGCCCCAGUAUCGCGAAACAGGCACCGUAGACGAUGCUCUAGACGAUGCUCUCGUCUCAACAUCCGACUACGAACACCAUGAUAUCAAACCUCCGCUGCCUGCUCUUGAAAACAGUCUGGACGAUCUUGAUGGACUAGUUGACAUUGAACGCAAGGCGACAGAGGAGCUGGAACCACAUCCCCAUACGACGAGUGCAGCCAAGGACCAAGACAACAACGAUCGUUGA